AUGGCUGGUGGAAGUUUGAAUAAUAUUGUAAUUAGUGUUAUGCUGCCCAUAAUGUUGUCUAAUACAUGUGACGCGAUAAAAUGUUUCGAAUGCAACAGCGCUAACAACUCGGCCUGCUUGGAGAUGCACGUGCCCAAGAUGAACGCCAUCAUACCUGUGGUAGACUGCUCACACACAUUGCCCAGUGACAAGAGCAAAAAUGUUUUUUGUAGGAAAAUCACUCAGACUAUCUUACACUACGACAAAACUCCGGAAGUUCGCAUCACACGGACGUGUGGUUGGGUAAAACACAAACGGGAUUGCUACAAGGCAGACAACAGUGACCAUUUGGAGACCGUAUGUCAAUGCUUUGGUGACUUGUGCAAUGCAGCAACAUCGUUUGAAAACCUCAAACUGACAGCUCUAGCGGCUAUUGCCGCUCUUGUCACAGCAUUUAAAACAUGGAGAGGGAAUGUUUAA